AUGCUCUGCAGCUUCGACCGCGCGUCACCACGGGGCCUUCUUCUGUCAACUCUGCUUGCCAACAUGGGAGUCGCCGAAGAGAUGGCGCCACAUGUAGUGGUGCAGAUGAGACCCGCCAGUGUGGAGGAGGAGGAGGUACCUGAUGAAGGUAAUGUUGGGGACGCUGCACCUGGUCUCAAUGUUCGCGGUGAGAUGGAGAUGGAAAUCAUAGACAGCUUCUCGACCCUGUGGCGAGGCCCAAGGAGUUCCAUGGCCCAAAACAUCAUCAGCGUGGCGCUACCAUGCAGCUUUCGGCUGCGAAUAGCUGGCAUUUGCCUGGCCGAGCUGGGAAUCAUGGCUUUUUUCUGUGAACAGGUGAACAAGACUGCCUGCACAUCACGAACUCGUGUGGGUCGAUAUCUAGACGACCAGCCGGCAAGAAUGCCGCGCGCACAUGUUUUUGGUGCCCACAUAUCAUCGCGUCCGGGAGUGGGUGUGCCGGCAUGGCUGCCCAUGAAGAGCUUGAAAUCACGUCAGAGUGAUCCAUGCGAGGCAUGUCCAUACUGCAAAUCAAGCGGCUUUCUGCUGGAUUCCUCUGUUGUGGGGGUGUUGUCGUGGGAGGCUGAGGAGGCUGCUUUGGCUUAUCAACCUCUGGAAGCGGAGCAAGUGUUCCAUGGCAAUCUUUGGGUCUGCAGUUCCUCGCACUUGUGGGGAUGGAGGUGGCGCCGAGCUGGCCUUAUUCCGACAUCUGAGUGA